AUGAGCUCGUCGUCACCGUCGCGCUCGCAAGCCUCAUCAUCAGCUCCAGCUCCGUCUCCGUCCGUUCCGUCGGCCAGUCGCCGUAUACUUUCGCGCUUUGCCUCUCCUCUGUUCUCGCAGAAAGGUCGCAGCAUUGCCGACUUCCACAUCAAGGCCCAAGAUCCCCACAAGCAGUACUCGCCCGGCGAGAGCGUCAAGGGCUGUGUCGUCGUCAAGGUCGUCAAACCUGUCCGAGUCACGCACGUGUCCGUCUGUCUACACGGCUUUGUCCAGGUCUUUCGCACACCUGGCGCAACAGCUGACCAGCUGCGCGGCAAUACCAAUCGAAUCGGUCGCGCCCAGGGACGAGGGAAGAAGUCGGGUGAAUACUUUGGCAAUGGCUUCGCUUCGCUCUUCGAGGACGAGUCGGUGCUAUGCGGCGAUGGCCGUUUGGAUGAGGGCGUCUAUUGCUUUGACUUCGAGGUCCAGUUCCCAGACGACAUGGACUUGCCCAGCAGUAUCGACUUUGAAAGAGGCACCAUCUCCUACAUGCUUACUGCCACCCUGACACGACCCACCACUAUUACUCCCAUCACGACCCACGAGCAAAAGAUCUAUCUCGUUGAGCGUGUCGAUAUUGCUCCCCUGCUGGCGCCAAAGCCGCGAACUAUAACCCUUGAACCAGUUUCUAGGAAGAUCAAAACGAACAAAGCCUCUGUUUCCCUGUCGACCAGGACGCCUAAUAACCCUUCACACGAACCAAGGCCUCCGACUCCCUCGCUCAGUGAGCUUAGUCUCGACAGUCGUGUCAGCAGCAGUCCCAGCGAUAGUCCACAUAAAGUCAUCACCGCAACUGUUGAACUGCUCAAAGGUGCCUGCUUGCGUGGGGAUAGUUUUCCCAUCAGAAUCUCCAUCAACCACACAAAACAUAUCAAGAGCAUCAAUGGCAUCAUCAUCACUUUAUACCGCCAGGCCCGCGUUGACAUGCACCCUGCUCUUCCUCUGGGACCAGUGAGCGACGGCCAGAAGCGUAAGUACGAAGAUUAUUACCCCAAAUCCAUCACUGGUCUUGGUGGCUUGUCUCUAUCGGGCGCCGGGUCCAGCCAUACCUUUCGCAAAGACCUUGCCCAGAUUCUUGUACCUCUAUAUGUGGAUCCUAUCUCGUUGACUGCCGAGAUCAACGCAAAGAUCGGCGUUCCUCACGGCGCAUUUCCCACCAUCAACACUGUUCCUGGAGCGAUGAUUUCCUUUCGUUAUUACAUUGAGGUUGUCCUUGACAUUCAGGGCAAGCUCACUCACGACAGAUAUCUUUCACAACAUGGCAGCGGCCCAAACAACAUCUUCAGCGGUCCUGAUGAUACUCCCUUUUUGAUGCUCAAUGGCGCGGGCAUACUCGAUACCGCCCCGAUUCGAAGAGACAAAUCUGUCGCAACUUGCACCUUUGAAGUAGUUGUCGGCACCACUGACAGUGACCGCAAAGCUAGGAAAGGAAAAGAAAGAGCCACAGAGCCGCCACCAUCACCACCCAGUGCUGAACAGACUUUGAACACGCCACAACGCGCCUCGAAUCAUCAGGGCCAUUCGGCGGUGUCGAGCCGUGACUUCGAAUCAUACCAACACGCAGAUAUGUACAAUUAUGACUAUGGCCAUGAUGAAUAUCAAUACGGCUCUAAAUAUAUGUAUGACCAGUCCUACUAUCCAGAUUAUUACGAACCCCCGACAUUAGAGAACGAGGACUCUCUUCCUGAGAAAGAGCGUCUACGUAGAGCCGAGGCACGACUGAUGCCGAGCCAACCACCUGCGAUGCCUUCAGCAUCUUUAGACGCAGAGCAGGCAACAGCUCCAGCAUUGCCUCCAGACGACUUUCAUCAGUAUUCGGAAGUCGCAGCUGGGAGUUCGACACAAUACACUGGAGAGGCAAUGCAGACGACUCAGCAACCACAUGCAUCUGAGGCCAGACAUGACUUGAUCGAGGGCAGUAGCGACAAUCUACCGCCAACUGACGAUAAGCAUGAAUUACAGAGGCGUCAAUUAGAACUCGUAGCGAGUGGGCCGCCGUCAAGUUCAGUCAAUACCGCUGAGGAGGAGAUCAGUACAGAGUCUGGACCGUCAGCACCAUUGAUAAUAGAUAAUGAUAUGCACGAGUACGUAUUACAAGUAGAGGGGAGUGAGGCGGGGAACCAUGCAGCGGAAAAGCUUCCGCAGUAUCGUCGAUAG